AUGCCGCCUCAAGUUAAUAUUUCACCGAAAGUUAAUACUUCUUCAAGCAAUAAUAUCGAAAACAACGUAGCCUACCAAGUAAAUAUUAAUACGCCGGAGAGUACGGAAGAGAUUCCAUCACCUUCGUUUGAGAGAAAUUAUUCACGUUUAAAACCACAAAAAGUGCCUAGUUUUGACGGGGACAAAAUUAAAUUUGAAGAUUUCUGGUUAUUGUUUGAGAGCUUGGUUGAUUGUUGUAAAGAACCGGUAAAUAUUAAGAUGGCUCGACUGCGUCAGAGCCUGUCCGGUGAAGCCUUGGUAGCUAUCAGGGGACUGGGCGUGUCCAGUCUUGAAUAUGAAGAAGCGAAAAGUAUUUUAAAAACAAAAUUCGGUGGACAGAGACGGCAAUUACGUGCAUAUUUAUUUCAGUUAGAAAGUUUGCCUCAAAUUAAACCGAGGGACACAAAGGAUUUUGAACGCUUUGCUGAUUUAGUUCGUGUGACAGUAGUGAAGUUAAAGGCAGAAAACCGUCAGGGAGAGUUAGGCAAUGGUUCCCUGCAUAGCUUACUCGUGAAAAAGCUGUCAGAUAGACACCUUGAAAUGUAUAGUAGGUGGCUUGGAGAAGGUAGUCGUGAACAAUCAGUGACUAGUCUCAGUGACUGGCUCAAGGAGAAAGCGAAGAUUCGUGUAGAAGCGAUGGAGAUGGGUCAUGGGGUUCGACAUGAUCCUAAUAUUGGUGAUUCGCGACAGUCACAGGAACGGAAUAGAUACAGAAAGUCGUAUACAGUGUACUCCAAGCAGGAAGAUGACCCACCAGGGGUAUCAAGAGUGAAACCGUGUUCGGGGUGUGGUGCGAGCGACCAUAAAGUUUGGAAAUGUAGAGUGUUUCGUAGUACUAAUGUUGACGAGCGUUGGAGAAUUGCAAAAGAGAGACGGUUGCGUUUCCGUUGCCUUGGUAGCGAUCAUCAAGGCAAGGACUGCAGAAGAUCUUAA